AUGGCUCCUGCAUUUCCUCCGCCGCCCGUCAACACCAUUGAUUGGAGCGAUAUUGGCUUCAAGGUCCGCGAAGUGAAUGGCCACAUCGAAUCCCAUUACAGCAAGAAGACCGGCCAAUGGACCGAUCCCGAGUUUGUCGAAGACCCCUACCUCCGCAUCCACGGCAUGGCGCCUGGCCUCAAUUACGGCCAGCAGUGCUACGAGGGCAUGAAGGCCUUCCGCGGGCCCGGCGACAAGGACAUCUACAUGUUCCGCCCGACCAUGAAUGCGGCCCGUAUGCAACACUCGGCCUCUUACAUCUCGGUUCCCGAGGUGCCUCAAGACCUGUUCGUCAAGGCCUGCCGCCUCGCCGUGUCCCUCAACGCCGGCUACGUCCCUCCGCACGAGACGGGCGCUGCAAUGUACAUCCGUCCGCUGCUGUUCGGCUCGAGCGCACAGCUCGGGCUGUCGCCGCCGGAGGAGUACACAUUCUGCGUGUACGUGAUGCCCACUGGGGUUUACCACGGGGUCCACCCGGUGGAUUGCCUGAUUCUAGAGGACUUCGACCGUGCCGCUCCCCACGGCACCGGCUCCGCCAAGGUCGGAGGCAACUAUGCACCCGUUCUUAGGCACAGCGACAAGGCUCGGUCCGAGGGAUUCGGGAUCACGCUCCACCUCGAUAGCCAGACGCGCAGCGUCAUCGACGAGUUCUCGACGUCGGGCUUCAUCGGCAUCAAGCAGACGGGUGACAAGGUCACGCUCGUGGUGCCCGACAGCAAUAACGUCAUCAAAAGCGUCACUUCUGACAGCGCUUUCCAGCUGGCGAAGUCGUUCGGCUGGAGCGUGGAGUGCCGGCCGGUGCCCUACGAUGAGCUGCCUAGCUUCACCGAGGUUUUGGCCGCAGGAACCGCUGCUGCGCUCGUGCCAAUCAAGUCGAUUGCUAGGCGAUCCACCAACGACAAGUUCGAGUAUGUCAAGGGAGACGAGCCUGGCCCGCUCUGUGUCAAGUUGCUGGCCAACCUCCAAGGCAUCCAGCGCGGUGAGCUUGAUGAUCCAUUCGGAUGGCGCGAUACUAUUCAGGAAGCGAAAGGCUACAGAGUGAGGGGCGGUGGGGAUGCCAGCAAUGGGACCGCAGACAGCAUCGAUAAGCUUCCUUGA